CUAACUUCCUGAAGAUGAAGAAAUCAGCAAUGUUGAUCCAGAAAAGAUGGAGGGGUUAUUACUGUCGGAAGAACUAUGGAGCGAUGCGCGGUGGUUUCUCACGUCUGCAGGCCUUGUAUCGCUCUCGUAAACUCUACCAGACGUACCACAUCGCACGACAGAGGAUCACUCUGUUCCAGGGCCGCUGUAGAGGACACCUGGUGCGCCGGGCGUUUCGACACCGCCUCUGGGCCGUCAUCACCAUCCAGGCGUACACGAGGGGCAUGAUCGCCCGCCGGCUCUACAAAAGACUUAAAGGAGAGUACCGGCGGCGUUUGGAGGCAGAGAAGAUGCGACUAGCAGAAGAGCAGAAGUUCAGGAAUCAGAUGAGCGCCAGGAAGGCCAAAGAAGAAGCCGAAAAGAAGCAUCAGGAACGACUGGCACUUCUGGCACGAGAGGAUGCUGAGCGCGAGAAGAAGGAGCGAGAGGAGGCGCGAAGGAAAAAGGAAAUGUUGGACCAGAUGGAGAAAGCGCGGCAUGAGCCCGUCAACGACUCUGAUAUGGUGGACAAGAUGUUCGGCUUCUUGGGAACCACGAACUCGUUCCCUGGACAGGAAGGUCAAGCGCCGGCUGGGUUUGAGGACCUGGAGCGAACACACAGGGAGCUCGAGGAGGAAGACCUGGAUGAAGCUCUUCCUCUCCCAGAGGAUGAUGUGGAAGAUUUGUCCGAGUACAAAUUUGCCAAGUUUUCGGCUACGUAUUUCCAGGGCACGACCACACACACUUAUGUGCGCCGGCCGCUCAAACAGCCCUUACUGUUUCACGAAGACGAGGGAGAUCAGCUGGCGGCUCUGGCCGUGUGGAUCACCAUUCUCCGCUUCAUGGGUGACCUUCCAGAACCCAAAUACCACACGGCCAUCAGCGACGGCAGCGAGAAGAUCCCUGUCAUGACCAAGAUCUACGAGACGCUCGGCAAGAAGACCUACAAGAGAGAGCUGCAGGCUCUGCAGGGAGAAGGAGAGAACUCGCACACUGAAAGUCACAAGAAGAGCAGUGUGCGUCACAAGCUGGUGUCGCUCACCCUGAAGAAGAAGUCCAAGAUCACAGAGGAGGUGACCAAGCGUCUGAAUGAUGGUGAAUACACAGUUCAUGGAAACAGCAUGCUGGAGGACCGACCCACAUCCAACCUGGAGAAACUGCACUUCAUUAUCGGCAACGGCAUCCUUCGGCCAGGCCUGAGAGAUGAGAUCUACUGUCAGAUCUGUAAGCAGCUGACCCAGAAUCCCUCUAAAAGCAGUCAUGCCCGCGGCUGGAUCCUCAUGUCUCUGUGUGUCGGCUGCUUCGCUCCCUCUGAGAAGUUUGUGAAGUACUUGAGGAACUUCAUCAGUGAAGGUCCUCCGGGUUAUGCUCCCUACUGCGAGGAGAGACUGAGGAGAACGUUUGUAAAUGGAACAAGAGCACAGCCGCCCUCCUGGCUAGAGCUUCAGGCCACGAAAUCAAAGAAGCCAAUAAUGCUGCCUGUGACGUUUAUGGAUGGAACCACAAAAACCCUGUUGACGGACUCAGCGACCACAGCCAUGGAGCUCUGCAACGCACUGUCCGACAAGAUCAGCCUCCAGGAUCGAUUCGGUUUCUCCCUUUACAUCGCUUUGUUUGAUAAGGUUUCGUCUCUGGGCAGCGGUAAUGAUCACGUGAUGGACGCCGUGUCUCAGUGUGAGCAGUACGCUAAAGAGCAGGGCGCGCAGGAGCGCAACGCCCCCUGGAGGCUGUUCUUCAGGAAGGAGAUAUUCACGCCGUGGCACGACCCGACGGAGGACAGCGUCGCUACCAACCUCAUCUACCAGCAGAUCGUGCGCGGCGUCAAGUUCGGUGAAUACCGCUGCGAUCGGAAGGAGGAUCUGGUGGAGCUGGCGUCACAGCAGUAUUACGUGGACUAUGGCUCUGAGAUCCUUGUGGAGCGCCUGUUGAGUCUUAUUCCAUCCUACAUCCCCGACAGAGAGAUCAGCUCGGCCAAAACUGUGGAGAGAUGGGCUCAGUUCAUCAUGGCUGCGCACAAAAAGGGCAUCUACACCCAGAAGAGGGUCGACCCUCAGAAAGUGAAGGAGGAAGUCGUGGAAUUUGCUCGUUAUAAGUGGCCUUUGUUAUUCUCAAGAUUCUAUGAGGCCUUUAAAUUUUCAGGUCCUAGUCUACCCAAGAACGAAGUGAUCGUAGCUGUAAAUUGGACUGGCGUUUACUUCGUGGAUGAGCAGGAGCAGGUUCUUCUGGAGCUUUCUUUCCCAGAGAUCACUGCAGUGUCCAGCAGCAGUGGAGGGAAGCAUCAGGCCCAGAGCUUCACAUUGGCCACCAUCAAAGGAGACGAGUACACGUUCAGCUCCAGUAACGCAGAGGACAUUCGGGACCUGGUGGUCACCUUCCUAGAGGGGCUCAGGAAGAGAUCCAAGUUUGUUGUGGCCUUGCAGGACAACCCAGCCGGCGAUGAUUCGACGUUCCUCAGCUUCCUGAAAGGUGACCUCAUUCUGUUGGACCAGAACACGGGCGAGCAGGUCAUGACGUCCGGCUGGGCUCAUGGGAUCAACGACAGAACCAAGCAGAAAGGAGAUUUCCCUGCCGACUGUGUUUAUGUGCUGCCUACAGUCGUUAGACCUCCGUCUGAUAUCGUGGCUUUAAUUACCAUGACACCAGACCAACGGCAGGAGUCGAUCCGGAUUUCCCAUGUUCCUGUGAUGGAGACGGAGGAGAGGAUAAAGCCGUACACGCUGGAGGAAUACUCCUAUGACUACUUCAGGCCUCCUCCCAAACACACUCUCAGUAGAGUGAUGAUCACCAAGAACCGCGGGAAGGACAAACUGUGGUGCUGCACACGAGAACCCAUCAAACAGGCCCUGCUGAAGAAGUGUGUGGGCCAUGAGGAGCUUUCCCAGGAGGCCUGCAUGGCCUUCAUUGCUAUAAUGAAGUAUAUGGGCGAUUAUCCGUCCAAGCGGACGCGGUCUGUGAACGAGCUCACAGAUCAGAUCUUCGAGACUGCGCUGAAGGCAGAGCCUCUAAAAGAUGAGAUCUACUGCCAGAUCAUCAAACAAAUGACUGAAAACCAUGUCAAGUACAGUGAGGAGAAGGGCUGGGAGUUGCUCUGGUUGUGUGCCGGUCUCUUUCCUCCCAGUAACGUCCUCUUGCCGCACGUCCAGAGGUUUCUACAGUCGAAGAAACAUCAUCCGCUGGCUUCUGACUGCAUGCAGAGACUGCAGAAAGCUUUACGGAACGGUUCCCGCAAGUAUCCGCCGCACCUUGUGGAGGUGGAGGCUAUUCAGCACAAGACCACACAGAUCUUUCACAAAGUCUACUUCCCCGACGACACUGAUGAGGCGUUUGAGGUGGAGUCCAGCACGAAGGCCAAAGACUUCUGUCUGAACAUCUCCAGCAGACUGCUGCUCAAAUCACCCGACGGCUUCAGUCUGUUCGUCAAGAUCUCUGAUAAGGUGAUAAGUGUUCCUGAAGGUGAUUUCUUCUUCGACUUUGUCCGUCAUUUGACAGACUGGAUCAAGAAAGCCAGACCCGCUAAAGAUGGUAUCGUGCCUUCAUUGACCUACCAGGUGUUUUUCAUGAAGAAGUUGUGGACGAGCACCGUUCCUGGCAAAGACUCCUUCGCAGACUCCAUCUUCCAUUAUUAUCAGGAACUUCCCAAGUAUCUGCGUGGAUAUCACAAGUGCUCCAGAGAAGAGGUUUUCCAGCUCGGCGCUAUGAUCUACCGGGUCAAAUUCGAGGAUGACAAAUCCCACUUUCCCGGCAUUCCCAAGAUGCUGAAGGAGCUGAUUCCUCAGGACCUGAUUCGCCAGCUCUCGCCCGAUGACUGGAAAAGGUCGAUUGUGGCGUACUUCAACCGGCAUGCUGGGAAAUCAAGGGAGGAAGCCAAGCUGAUGUUUCUGAAGAUCAUCUUUAAAUGGCCCACGUUUGGCUCGGCCUUUUUUGAAGUGAAGCAAACCACAGAGCCACACUUCCCUGAGAUCCUGUUGAUAGCCAUCAAUAAAUAUGGAGUCAGUCUGAUCGACCCCAAGAACAAGGAUAUUUUAACCACGUAUCCCUUCACUAAGAUCUCCAACUGGAGCAGCGGGAACACGUACUUCCACAUAACUAUCGGAAACCUGGUUCAGGGCAGCAAGCUUCUGUGCGAGACGUCACUGGGCUACAAAAUGGACGACCUGUUGACGUCCUACAUCAGUCAGAUGCUGACCACUAUGAGCAAGCAGCGCAAUUCACGUGGCCACAGCAAGUGAACGUUUGAUUGGCGUGAGGCGGCGGAGCUGGUGCGUCUGCUGCGGCCUAUUGGUCGGCCGUGCAGCUGGGGGCGGGCCUUCGCGUCCCAGCUGUGGCGAAUGAGCCGCACCCCCUCUGCCAGCUCCCAGGGCUCUGUGCGUCCCGAUGAAGACUCUUCAUCUGCCUCCAGUGAGGAUGACUACCUCUGAGCAAAGCUCCUGUCUCC